UAUAUUGCCCUGUUUGAACUGAAAAUAAGAUAUAUCGCUGACCCAGUGUCCAGGAGACGAGAUGCACGAAAUCGUUACCCUCCAAUUAGGGCAGCGGGCUAACCACCUGGCCACGCAUUUCUGGAACCUUCAGGAAUCUUACUUCACAUACCAAGAAGGAGAAGAAUCUCCGGUUGAUCAUGACGUUCACUUCCGGCCAGGCGUCGGGGCAGAUGGAUCAGAAACUUAUACGCCUCGGACGGUGAUAUAUGACCUAAAGGGUGGCUUUGGCACUUUACGGCAGUCUAAUGCGCUCUAUGAACUAAGCGAGGAUUUUAACCCGGGGCAGGGUCUCUGGGACGGAAAAGAAGUUAUACAACAACAGCCAGCAAUUCUUCAAAGUGACUAUCAGAAGAGCCUGGAUGCAGGCCUUCCAGCUCCUCAACUUACAUCAGAAACAGUCCGGUAUUGGUCAGAUUACAACCGGCUAUUUUACCAUCCUCGAUCAAUAGUGCAGUUGAAUGACUACGAGCUUAAUUCGAUGAUGAUGCCUUUUGAAGAUUGGGAGAUGGGCGAGGAACUGUUCAAUAACCUUGAUAAGGAGCACGACUUAAUUGACCGGGAUGUGAGACCCUUCGCGGAAGAAUGUGAUCAGUUGCGUGCAUUGCAAAUCUUCACGAAUGCCGACGACGCUUGGGGUGGGUUUGCUGCUCGAUAUAUGGACAGGCUGCGAGACGAAUAUGGUAAGAAGAAUAUUUGGGUGUGGGCUAUUGAAAGUGGCUCCAAGGUGCAAAGACAUCAACAAAUCAAGCGCGACAUGAACAAGGCCCGUUCAAUAUAUUCAAUCUCUCCUCAGUCAUCCUUCUAUACACCUAUCAUUGACCCCCCUCACCGACUACCAAACACCUUGAGUGUGGACUUCCAGUCAGAGUGGCAGACAUCGGCGUUGAUCAGCUCUGCUAUGGAAACCGUAACCCUACCAUCUCGACUACGUCCUUACCGUGAUUUCGAGUCUUCAUUGGCCGGAGACGACGGUAUCCACAAGAUCUUUGAAUUACAAUCCAGCAUUCUUACGGAUGAAGCGCAACGCACGGCUGAUUCAAAACUGACUAACGGAGCCGACCCCUCGGAAGAUGAAUCUUCCCAAGUCAAGACUGAGUUUGACGUAGACUUCAGCUACGAUUCUGGAGACAGCAGCAAAUCCCACAUCUUCAAUCAAGUCCAGAUGUCACGCGGAUUUGACCCCGAGCAGAAGAACAAUGAUGGUCCUCCAACAGAAGAUAUUGACCUUGGCAUGCGUCGUAAACUCCGGCUUCACAAUUCUCAGCCCAUGUUCCAGAGCUUCCAUACACCCCUCCGCUUCCCUAUCCUCGACAGCUUCCCCAGAAACAUGUUCCCUGUAUCCGAUGCGAACGCCGGGAUCCAAGUGCUCUCUUCUUUGACAGCAUCAUCGCGGACAGGUGAACGGAUCAAGGCCAUGGAGGCAGUAGCUAGUCGGAUUAUUUCCAUCGACGAGCGGGAGACUAUUGUCAAUGGCCUGGGCGAAAUUCGUGAAUUGUAUGAGACUGGGUGGAUGAGUGAUUCGGAUUAUGAUGAUUAG